AUGUAUGUUGUCAAGAUGGAAAUCGGGACCCCUCCCCAAACGGCUUAUCUCCAGUUAGACACUGGCUCUUCGGAUAUGUGUGUUAAUGAGGCCGAUAGCGCUCACUGUAAAUCAUUGGCCGACGAUAAUAACAUUUGGACUAGUAAUUACGAGCUCACAGCAACUGCUUCUGAGAUCUCUUCUACAGCUACUUCACGUAAGGCUUAUAAUACACCCUGCUCGUACUGGGGUACCUUCAAUCCCAAUACCUCUUCCACGUUUAAGUAUAACGAGACAAAUUUUCGUGCAACAUACGCAGAUAAUUCGUACUAUGCAGGAACUUACGGGACGGAUGUUGUCUCUUUGGGUAAUAUUACUCUAAGUAAUUUCACUUUUGGGGUGUCCAAUGAUACGACAAUAAGUUAUGGAAUUUUAGGCGUAUCGCUUCCUUCUGCAGAAGAAACAGAUAAUAUUGAAAGCGCAUUUUCUUUCAAUACAACACCAUUUGUAUACGAUAACUUUCCAAUGGCAUUGAAAAGGCAAGGAAAGAUCAAAAAGAUGGCAUAUUCUUUGUUUUUGAAUGACCCUAAUGCACGCUUUGGAAGCAUCUUGUUUGGCGCUGUUGACAAAAGUAAAUACUCAGGACAGCUUUACACUCUUCCUAUGCUGCAGGCUUACAACACCCUUGCCGCCCGUGGUUCAGGGAUGGUAAUCACAGCACAGAGCGUCGCCAUUUUGGAUAGCAAAUCCGGCAACAAAACUGUUUCAGAUGUUCAGUUCCCAGUAUUGCUUGAUUCUGGUUCAAGUGAUCCUACCCUACCCACUGAAAUUGCAGAUGCCAUAGGCAAAAUUUUCGAUGGGAAGUAUAGCUCCGAUAACCAAGGCUACAUUUUUGAUUGUUCAAAAGUGAACGACACUCUAUUGUCUGUUGAUUUUGGAGGAUUCAAUAUUUCUGCAAACAUAUCCAAUUUUGUGACACCACUCAAUGAUCACUGUCUUUUGAAUAUUGAUGCCGAUGAGUCAGGGUUUGUGUUUGGGGAUACUUUCCUCAUGGACACAUAUGUUGUCUAUGAUUUAGAAAAUCACGAAGUUUCUCUUGCUCAGGCCAGCUUUAAUAAUGAAGAAGAAGAUAUUGAGAUUAUCUCUGAUAGUGUCCCAGGUGCCACACCUGCUCCCGGAUACUCCAGUACGUGGGUGUAUACGCCCGGUAGCCCCAUCGGAA